AAUUUGCAGUGGCCUUUCCAGCCUCCGCCUCAGACCCUGCAGCUGCCGCGAUGCUGAUGCCUAAGAAGAAUCGGAUUGCCAUCUACGAACUCCUUUUUAAGGAGGGCGUGAUGGUCGCCAAGAAGGAUGUACACAUGCCCAAACACCCCGAGCUGGCAGACAAGAAUGUGCCCAACCUUCAUGUGAUGAAGGUCAUGCAGUCUCUCAAGUCUCGAGGCUACGAGAAGGAGCAGUUUGCUUGGAGACAUUUUUACUGGUACCUCACGAAUGAGGGCAUCCAGUAUCUCCGGGAUUACCUGCACCUACCUCCGGAGAUUGUGCCCUCCACCCUUUGCCACAGCCGCCCCGAGACUGGCAGGCCUCGGCCCAAAGGUCCUGAGGGUGAACGGCCUGCAAGAUUCACAAGAGGAGAGGCAGACAGAGACACGUACAGAAGGAGCGCUGUGCCCCAGAGGCGGCUUUGGUCGUGGACCUGGUCAGCCACCUCAGUGAAGUCGGGGAUAAUGUUGUAUUGAAUAAACUUUAAAGAAAACAU